AGCGUCACGUGUCUGGUCACGUUGGCCACCGUGUUCUUGUCAUUUCAUCCCGAGUAGGCAGAAGCCCUUCUAGGUAGUCAGACAAUAUCACCCAGUUUCAUCUGCCUCACGUCCCUGACAUUGAACAAUAACAUAUCAUCAUAUAUCCCUUCCCAUGCCGUGGUGUAGGAUUCGUAUGACUCAUGAGGCUGUGCACACAUCCUCCUAUAUCUAGUACUAGUGCUGGCGGCUGAAUGACUACACAAAGUGGCCUGACUACUUGCUUAUACAUAGGUAAUAGGUAACUAUGGUAUAUCUUCACAGCCUCAUCCUCAGCCUUGCGCAAGAGUGGGGCCAAACCAACGGACAAUCUGCAGCCUCAGCCCACCCCUGCUCUACAUCCGCCAUGUACUUCAAUCGCAGUAUAUCCCUCGUAAAGUAAUUAUGUCCCCAAAUCCUCAUCCUCAAACCAUCACCAAGUCUACACGCAAAAAUGACCUUUCCCACGAAUACCUCCACCCUCCUCACCACCCCGGCCCCCCAACCGCCAAACUCCACCCCAUCAACUUCCCACUCUCCUCCCCCCAAAUCCCCGAAUACACCAACCUCAUCGCCGCGAUCAUCGACAACGCCCUCACCCCCAGCGAAUGCAACGACCUCAUCCGUCUCGCCGAGUCCAGCACCAUUCCCCCCUCCUCCAACCCCACCACCACCCCUCCGGUCUGGGACCGCGCCAUGAUCAACAUCGGCAACGGCAAACAAGCCCUGGCAACCGACACCCGAAACUGCGGCCGAAUCAUCUGCGACGAUGAACUCAUCGCUGAUAGACUCCUUACCCGCAUCCUGCCCUUCCUGCAACAACUAGGAAUCGACAAAAUCGACAACCAGCCCAGAGUAACGGGGUUAGCGGGGCGGAAUAGAUCGUACAAGUUGACGAGGUUGAAUGAACGAUUACGAUUUCUGAGGUACGAGGGCGGGGAGUUCUUCCGCCCCCAUUGGGAUGGGAAUUAUGUUACGCCGGAUGGCACGGAGAGGAGUUAUUAUACGGUGCAUGUUUAUUUGAAUGGCGACGGGGAACAGGAUUUAAAGGAGUUGGAGAGGGAGAUUAAGAGGGUGGAGGCGGGGAAUGGGGAAGUGGUGAAUUUGAAUGUUGGGGGGAGAUUGUUGGGUGGAGCAACGUCGUUUCUGCCAAGGUAUGAGGAAAAAGAGAGGCAUUUGAGGGUGUUUCCUAAGGUGGGCUCGGUGUUGGUCUUUCAGCAGAGGGAUUUGUUACAUGGUGGGGAUCCGGUGGUGAGGGGGACGAAGUAUACCCUGAGGACGGAUGUGAUGUAUCGGCAGUGUGAUUGAAGCGGUUGUUUGUGUGAUAGAUGAAUGUCAUCUGGCUGAAGCUGAAUUUUGAGUGUUUGCUAUCGGGCCAGCCGUGUGGCUUUAGAGAUAAGCUGACAU